AUGGAAUUGACUCAGGCGCGCGUAAAGUCGCGUCGCGUCGAAGGGAUGCGCCAGGGCGCUUUGAGCGCCAAGGAAGCGCACGAGGAAGAGGUGCAGUCAGCCCGGACUCACGACCUGCUGUUUGACGAAGAUGUGGAGGUGGAGCAGUUGAUCGAUCAUGUUUCAGAACUGCUAAACAAAGGCGUCACGGCAGAUGUGCUUACGAUCGCCGAGCUACAGAAAUACCGAACUUACGGCAUCUCGAAACAAAUUGACAUCAGCGAAGUCUAUAGUCACGACAAAGCCCUCGCCACACCCUCUUGGCUUAAAACUAGUCAAGCCAAAGCGGUCGCCGCCUCCUCCAGCGAUUCAGAUGAUCUGGAUGAACCGAGAUCUAGCAAAACGAAAGAGAAGGCGGAAGAAGCGAAAAAUAUAGCCAAAGCCGCACAAGAGAAAGAGAAGAAGAAGAAGAAAGCAGCACUGGAGGAGAGAGAAAAGGAGAAAGAGAAAGAAAGGGAGAAAGAGAAAGAAAGGGAGAAAGAGAAAGAAAGGGAGAAAGAGAAAGAAAGGGAGAAAGAGAAAGAAAGGGAGAAAGAGAAAGAAAGGGAGAAAGGAAGAAAGAGAAGAAAGCAGCCCAAGAGGAGAAAGAGAAGAAGAAGGCUGCACGAGGAAAAGAAGGAAAAACGGGAGAGUAAAAAUUUGACAUCAAAGCAGAAGGCGAAGGCCAAAGAUCCAGGUGAUGUGGGCACUAAGGAGGGUGGCCUGCCGAUGCCCCCGGAAGCGAGUUCGAAGAGUGAAGCUCCCAAGGGUAAAGUGCCUUCCGCGGUGAGUAAGGAGGAGAAGGAGAAAGCGGUCAAAAAAGUCCCCAUCAAGAAAACGGUGCCGAAGAAGCCGGAUGCGGCUAAGAAGGCAGGAGCGAAGAAGCCUAGUCUGCCGACGGGUAAGAAGAAGAAGCCGCCGCCGGCGAAGGCUCGAGUCGCGGUGAACGUGGAGGAGGUGGUUAAAGGUUAUCGAGAUUUGUUGGGGAGUAAGUCGGAUAACAUGCAUGCAUUGUUUACGAUGAUGAACGAGGGUUCCAGCGAGCCGUAUGUGGACCUGGAUCGGUUUAUUGCGUUCGUGCGAAAUCGGCUGGGCCUGACGGGGUCGCUGAGUACACCGGCGGCAGUGCAGUGUGCGUAUGAGCAGUUGGCGAAGCUGUCAAAGAGCGGGAAGGGCUUUGCCAGUCGGGAGUUGUACUGGUUCAUGGACGGUCCGGAGCCGGGGACUGCGGACAUGGUUCAGGUCUGGAAGCGGUUAACGCAGACCUAUGGCGAUCCACCUUUGGCAGCUUUCAACGUGAGCGAAGAGGGGAAUAUUACGGAAGAGAUGUUUGUCGAACAAUUGGACUCGGUGGGCUACAGUAAGCCGCGCGCGUUGGACGUCUGGCUCCGGGUCUGCAGUGGCGGUACGGCUGGCGACAGCCGGCUGCACCGACCGGUGCUGGUUACAUCCAGUGUGUUCGAGGUGUUGAUGGGACACGAGAUCGACGUGGCCAAAAAUGAGGAGGAAAAGCGCUCCUUCCUCAACACCCUUAGCUGGCUCACGACCAUCAGGCCAACUCAGGAUACGAAUGUCAAGGCGGCGACAGAAAAGACGGUGGAACAGCUCAAGACGGAGUUAGCCAGGGAGCGCAUGAUUAAGGAAAAGGAGCGUGAACGCGCUCUGGAGUCCCGCAAUCUAAAGGAAGAAGUAGAAGUCUUCAGGUUGGAGCUGCUGGACCUGGUGGGACGCUCGGGCCGGAGUAUGAAGGACUGGUACAAUGAGCUUACGGAGCAGGGUAACCGGACCGACUAUGACUUCGUGGGAUUCAACCUUUCCGCUUGCCUCGACCUAGAUGAGCCGGACGUGCUGCGUUCGCUUUUUGAUGAACUAGCCCAGCCCAUGCCGGGCAGUCUGCGGCUGCAGUCCUUCAUCCGGAACCUGGAGGGUGUGGAACAGCCUGACCUCCGGGACGUGCAGCGCAGACUGGUGGACGUCUACGGGAACCCACCGACUGCGUGUGUGCAGGCCUUCGAAGGCUCGCUGAGCACCGCCGUCGACUUCGACACCUUCCUCGACCUCGGCGCCGCUAUCGGACUUACACCGCAACAGAGCUCACAAAUCUGGAAGACACACGUGUGCCAAAAAACACCCGAUCGUGAGUCACUCACCGCCGCCUACUUACUGAAAAUACUCCUCGGCCAGUGGACCGAGGACGACGUCAUCAAAAAGGAGACCGAAUCCUCUGGUCUCUUCGGCUUCGUCGCGGCCGCCUUUGAAGCGCUACCGGCCGUGGAGAAAGUUGCAAAACCUGCGCCGCUGCUCUCCGGUCGUGAUGCCGCCACACUCGCUAAACAUCAGGCCAUUGUCAAGCGAGUUACCAACUCAUACAAGGACGACGAACCGGUCUUGCUGCCGGGGCGACAGGCUCUGACGCAGCAGGCUCUGACGCGGCUGGCUCUGACGCGGCGGGCUCUGACGCGGCGGGCUCUGACGCGGCGGGCUCUGACGCGGCGGGCUCUGAGAUGGUAA